GUCGCCGUAUACUCGGGUCCGCCCCGGGGUUUGCGCUCACAUUUAAGUCAAUGCAAUAUUCAAUGCGAUGAAAAUCAAAUACCAAUUGAAGUGCUAAUCAAACUAUCGGCCAAUGGAUCCAGUGAUGAGAAUGUGAUGCAAAUGUGUGUCAAAACAAAUGAAGUAAUAGAGAAAUACAUAGAGAAUAUUCGGACACAACUGGAUAUCUCUUCGCACGGAAUUGUCGUUUAUUUCAAACACUUUUCUAUCACUGAAUUCCUAUACCUAUUGUCGAGAGCCGUCGCAAUCAUCCGCCGACAUAAGUGGCCCAUAAUAUUGAUUAUAGUGUUUAUUAAUAUAUCGUUUGCGUUGUUUCUGAAAAUUUUGCUUAACUAUUCAUUGGAUUCGGCGGACAGUUGUGUUGCUAUCGGUGCCAAUGGGGCCGAUGUUUGCGAACAAACUACGAGUCUUUUUGUCGCAAAUCUUUGUGUAUCGUUUAUAAUCGAUAUUUACGACCGAUUGGACGCAAUGCCGAUGUUUAUGACCAUAUCGUUGGCCGCAGUGGUCAUACAGAGGAUCUGUCAUUUAGUUAGCAUAUGUUUGCCCCGACACACGGCCUUCGCAGCCAUAAUGCUAUCCGUGUUGUGCGGUCUCACUAACGAUACUUUUAUACGCAUUACUCGAUUGUCACACACAGUACAACAUAUGGUCAAUAUAUUGCCCUUCAAACCCGUAUUUAACUAUUUAAUGGUCUAUCUGUACGGUCGCGGCCGCUGUCCCACCACUACUCACAUAUCGUCCGUAUUAUAUAAGUUUCAACUGACGGACGAAGACUUGGAUAAGUCGUGGCUGCUUAAACCGAUCUUUGAAGACGUCGACCGGCCGUAUAAUCGCAAUGUCAUCGACGGUCAGUACCCGAAGGGCUGGUAUAUAGUGUGCGCUUCAGAUGAGGUGCCGAUGGGUGGCGUCAAACCGUUUAGCAUUUGCGGUCAGGAAUAUCUGGUUUUCAGGGGCUAUUCGGGUGUGCCGUCCGUAUUGACCGCCUAUUGUCCCCAUUUGGGCGCCAAUAUUGGUAUNGAGGUGCCGAUGGGUGGCGUCAAACCGUUUAGCAUUUGCGGUCAGGAAUAUCUGGUUUUCAGGGGCUAUUCGGGUGUGCCGUCCGUAUUGACCGCCUAUUGUCCCCAUUUGGGCGCCAAUAUUGGUAUCGGCGGUGUUGUGACCAGCGAUGAGUCGGGCGAUGAUUGCGUUCAGUGUCCGUUUCACGGCUGGGUCUUCCGGGGCGCUGAUGGCCAAUGCGCUCGUAUACCCAAUAUUGACAAGGCCGAUUUGAAGCCAUUAAACGCUAAAGUAGGCCCUCAGCCGAGUACCGAAGUCAAUGGAUUGAUCUAUAUGUGGCACAACACCACCGGUAGUGGUCCCGACUUUAAUCCGCAACAAUUGUCCCAAACAUAUCAAAUGGAUUUGCGUUUAAGCCGUAGAUUUACGGUUGAAAUCGAGAACUCUGUUAAAAAUAUCAGUGAAGACAUAGUAGACGGUGAACACGCGUAUUACGUUCACGGCAUCAAAGGCUUUGCGGCCAAAUUUUUGGCCGCGCAAUACGCGACCGAUUUCGUAGACAGCGAUCACGCGGACGACCCGUACCGCAAAUACAAACUUCGGCAAACCAUCAUGGUCAAACUGUUCGGUCGGGUGGCGUACAAUAUAUCAAUGAUUAUACGGAUGACCGGUCCCUCCUAUACUGAGUUCCUGUUUAAGUUCCCAUUCCUGCCCACUCUUGUGGCCGUCUAUAGCCAUCUGCCCGUCAGUCAGACCCGCACCCAGUCGUCCAUUCGUGUGUUCUCCGGGCCCGGAACGGUCCCUCCUAUACUGAGUUCCUGUUUAAGUUCCCAUUCCUGCCCACUCUUGUGGCCGUCUAUAGCCAUCUGCCCGUCAGUCAGACCCGCACCCAGUCGUCCAUUCGUGUGUUCUCCGGGCCCGGAAUCGCGGCCCGACUCAUGGCUAACGUAUAUGGGAUGUUACUCGAAGAGCAUGCAAUUGCGCAAAGAUGUGGUGAUGAGAAACAACUUAAAAUCGCCCGAAAAGCCGAUGUUGUCGUCGUUGGACUCACGGAUUGCCGAAUAUAACCAAUGGUUUACAACUUUUUACAAGCAU